AAAAUUUUACUUAACUGUUUAAAAAAAUAUUAUUUUUGUAGUUUAUAAAUAGCUUUUUAUUUGAUAUAAAAUCCACGUGGGAUUUAUUGUUAGUUAUCUUUAUUUUUGAGAUUAAUAACUUUAAUAUCAAUCUCUAAUAAACUUUAUAAGAUUUAAGUAGACUUCUCUUUAUUUUUGUAAUUAUUCAAAAAUACAAACUUUUACCAAACUGUUUGCAGGAAAUAUUAUUUUUGCAGUAUAAAUUUAUAAUAAAUAAAAUAUAGGUAAAUAGUACUUUUGUAGUAUAAAUAGUUUAUAAUAAAUAAAAUGUUGUUAAUUAAAAAUCAAUGUCUUAAUAUCUUAUAUUUUAAGAGUCAUUUCUUAUGUUUUGUAUGCUUAGAAUUAAGAUGGAUCUUGGGCACAUAAAAAUUAUCAUUAAGCCUAGAUCGAUUGUCAAUCUCAGGUCUAUAUCUGACAUCAAUAUUAAAUUAAAAUCAAUUAAUAAAGGUUGUGUGUGUGUGUGUGUGUGUGUGCGCGCGCGCGCCCGGGCUCGGAAUCGCAGCACACUCUGACAUCGCGUCAUGUACAAUGUAGGGCUCGACGACUCGGCCGCCGAGCAGUUUUUCCUCUCCGGCACGUGCCGUUUCAAUAGAGACAGAGAAUAAACAAAAAAAGGAUAGACAAAAUGACUAUGCUUUCUGUUUAUUCUCCGUCUCACUCUAUCGAGACAGGAGUUAGGCCGGUGGACGGAGAGAUAUAAAAGCCAAGUGCAUUCGGCUCACGACUCACGCGAGUUGAGUUGGGACCUGUAAGUUUGCAACUGUAACUUUGUUUUAAUUGUAAAUUUUGUAGUUGCACAUUAUAUUCCUAAUGUAUUUGUAAAAAGGGAUGAGCAUAUAAGAUUAUUGCACCGUGAAUACGUGUAAAAUUUAUUAUUCUAUAGUUUCUUUUUUGAAGUAACAGUAAUAGUGGUAGUAAUGCCAGAAGCGUAAAUCGUGAACUGGUUAGUUUUUAAAAAAAGACAGAAGCGUUUAUCGUGAGGAGGCUAUUUGCAAGAAAAGUGCUAGAAGCGAAUGUCACAAGCUAGCUAAUUUUUAAUUUGCUAUCAGAGGCAUACAUUGUGAGCUAGUGAAGUUAUAAAAAAUGUCAGAGGCGUAAAUCGUGAACUGGCAAGUUUAUAAAAAAUGUCAUAGGCGUAAAUCGUGAGCUAGCAAGUUUUUGAAAAGUGUCAGAAGCAUAAAUCGGAAACUAAUUUUUAAAAAACGUUAGAGUCGUAAAUCGUGAGCUGGCUAAUUUAAAAAAAAAGUUAGAGGCGUAAAUCGUUAAUUGGCAAGUUUUUAAAAAAUGUCAGAGACGUAAAUUGUGAGCUGGCUAGUUUUUAAAAAAAGCCACAGGCGUAAAUCUUGAGCUAGCAAGUUUUUAAAAAAUGUCAGAAGCAUAAAUCGGAAACUAACUAAUUUUUAAAAAACGUCAGAGUCGUAAAUCGUGAGCUGGCUAAUUUAAAAAAAAAAAUUAGAGGCGUAAAUCGUAAAUUGGCAAGUUUUUAAAAAAUGUCAGAGGCGUAAAUCGUGAACUGGCAAGUUUUUAAAAAAAGCCAUAGACGUGAACCGUUACAAGCAAUUUAUUAACGAUGUCAUAGACUAGAAUGUUAAGUAUAAAUUAAAUCGAUGAUAAAAAUGAAUUAACAAUAAGACUACAAUAUAUACGUCGUCAGAUAAAUGGACGUAAAUUUCCAUUCUUUCGAAAGAAGUUAUGCUGAUAAAAAAUGCGAGUUUAAGGAGGGCAUCUACAUUAUAGGGUCUAAAAAAUCGAAAUUUUUUUGCUUAAAUCGAUAGUAUUUCAUCCGUAGAACAUGCUUCUGAAGUCCCAAGUAUAGAUUCAAAUUGUAUCAAGCCGAAAUGAACACAAGCAGUGCGCAUAUCCCGAGCGCUCUGAGCGGGACGGCAGGUAAGAAUUCCUAACGGUCUUUGAAAAAAUACAUUCCAUGUCAAGGAAAGAAUUACUUGAGAGGUGUUGGCAUACACAAAAUGCCAAUGAUAGUUUUAAUACGAUGAUUUGGCGACUUGCCCCAAAACACCUCCAUUGCGGCGCAAAAUCAUUAAAAUUGCUGUCUACAUAGCUGCUGGAAUUUUCAAUAAAGGCUACUUGUCGGUUCUAAGAAUCAUGUCAUGCAUGGAAAUAGUUAUUGGACCAGUAUGCAGAGAUGUUGCGAAUAGAAUAAAAAAAAAUCGCACGACUAGCCAAAAUCGUCGUAGCAGAUCUGUUACGCAGGAAACGCGUACUUACGAUAAACAAUAGCUGUUGGAGAAGAAUGAAUUGUAUGAGGACACUGAGGACAUUUUAUAUGGAGCAGGGAUAGCAGAUUAAUCGAAAAGUACAAAUAAACAAUCAUUAGAAAGCUUUUAUCAACCUUUUUCUUUGAUCGGAAACUUUAAACGCGUUUUUCUCGAAACCACUUUUUUCGAAACUGCAUGCAUAAUUAAAAAAAACUAAUUGUCGGAUUCACUUCUUUUUUCUUAAUUAAAGGUUAUUCUUCUGUGUGAACCUAAAAUAUAAAUUAAAAGUCAUGUAAAAAAAAAGUUAAUUUUAAAAAAAGACAAAAAUUUUUUACAAAAAACCGAUUUUAUUUUUAAAGCGUUAUUUUAUAAACUUUUUAAUAAUAAAUGUAUAACUUUCUUAGGUUCACUUAGAAGAUAUACUCAUAAACUUUACAAAAAACCUUGGUUUUUUCCUUUCAGCCGAUUCUACUGGAUGUUAUCAUACACGCGGUGCAAAAGGAAUUUUUCAAGGCAGUUGUGCAUUUUUGCUUACAACUUAUAAUUAAAUAAAUAAAAUUUUGUAAUAAAAAUUGUUUUGAGUACUUAAAGACAUGCACACUAAGUGGUAAAAAUUGCAAAAAGAUCUAUUGCUUAGUUUCAUUAGAAAAAAAUCAUUUAAAAAAUGCUUAAUUUUGGCUUCCUGAUGUAGACGCCUCCCUUAAUUAAAACUAUUACACUUAUCAAUCUAGAGUGCAUAAAUGCAUGUAAAUAAUAAUUAUAAAUAAUAAUAUCAUAUGAUAUCGCGUGGAAAAGAUUCGGAAAAAUGUUAUGAAUACGUAAUUUAUAUCUUGAUAUCUAUGCAAUAAGAUCUGUAAACUUACAAAUGUAUCUAUUCGAUUCAGUUUCAACAAACCAAUAAAUCUACAAUCAAGAUGCGUGCGUUUUCUUGCCUUGUAUUUAUUGCUUUGGCAUACACCAUUGAAGGUUUACCAGCGUCACAUAUCGUCGGUGGCACAGAUGCCCCACUCGGCAAAUAUCCAUACCAAGUUGCUUUAAAAUUUAAUAGCUCAUUUUAUUAUUGCGGAGGAUCAAUUAUUAAUAAACGUUAUGUUCUCACUGCGGCUAAUUGUCUUUAUGGUUUUUACCCCGAAGAAAUCACGGUUCACGCGGGUACGAUCUACUUAAACGAGACAGGCGAUGCUUAUCAACCGGAGAGCGCGGUGUGGUACUCUGACGAUGCUGGAGUUGAUGACGAUAUCGCUCUCAUUCGAUUAAACCGAGACAUCAUAUACAGUGACGUAGUAAAACCAAUUCCCCUUGCACAAGAAGAUAUCGCUGUCACAGAUUUUCCUUGUGUUGUAGCUGGUUGGGGUGUACUUCAACUUAAUGGACCUACACCUAACGUCUUACAAGAAAUCACUCUGAAGGUUUAUCCUCACGAUAAAUGCAAGCUUAAAAAUUCGAAAGUAACCGAUAAUCAUAUAUGCACUCUUUCAGAAGAAAACAAGGGACUAUGCAUUAAGGAUGCAGGUAGCGCUCUCGUUGCCAAUGGUGUUCAAAUUGGAAUCGCAUCCUACGUGGGUGAUUCCGUGGGAUGUACAGCAGAAGGACUCGAUGUGUUUGUUAGUGUAUAUGCAUGUCAAGACUGGAUCAAGGAACAUAUGAUUGACGUUGAUUAAUAAUUGAUAAAGGUUUAAUGUCUUAUUAACAUUGUAUUAUUACUCUAUAUAAUAUAUACUAUAUCAAUCUCACAAAUAAAAAAUAUUUGCGUGCACACGA